GUUCUGAUUUGGACAGGGCUGUCAAACGCUGAACUCCGCUAGCAUGACAAGUAAAGUUAGUUAUCCAUAGUGUGUGUUUAAUUUAAUUUGUACAAGAAGAGUAUAAUAAAUUGCAUGUGGUAAAUCUGAAGCAGUUUCUUUUGGGGUGAAUCAAGUUCCUCUGCGGAUGAAUACUUAAAUUAACGAUGUGAGGGCAGGAUAAACUGAGGUCCACUGACACUGGCAGUGAUGUUACAGUGUAGCCCUCCUAAUUAAAAAUGGCAGCAGUACGUGCAGUGAGGGCUCUCUUCAGCCUCCAUCGAUCAGUGACGUUGCAGCGCAGCGUUGGGCUUGUUCCAGUGCAGUUGGCAUCAGCCUGCCUUCCCAGGAGGCUUUGCAGUGACCCCACAAGAAGUAAUGAGCCAAAGCUGCCAGUGAACCCAGAGAAUACAUCUCUGCUGGAGAACCUCAAUCUCCUGGGAGUAGACGUGAAGAUGGCACGCCAGCGUCAACCUGGGGUGCUUCGUAAAUCCUUCACUAAUGAGCAAGGUCUUGCUCGAUUUUUGCAAGGCAAAGGUGCCAGCCGCAAAGUUAUUGCCAGCAUCAUAUCCCGUUAUCCCCGCUCUAUCACCCGCUCGAUUGAACACUUGGAACAGCGCUGGGAGCUGUGGAGAAAUAUCUUCAAGACUGAUGCAGAAAUUGUGAGCAUCCUGGAUCGCUCCCCUGAGUCUUUCUUCCGGUCCAGUGAUAAUGGGAACUUGGAGAAGAACAUAGCUUUUCUGACCUCGCUGGGACUGAACACCAAAGACCUCCACCGCCUGCUGACAACAGCGCCGCGGACAUUCUCCAACAGUUUAGAGCUCAACAGGCAGAUGGUGGAAUUUCUGGAGGACAUCUGUGCCGAACUCGGCGGGAAGAAUCCAGAGCAGUUUCCUAAAGCUGUCAUAUCCAGAAACCUUUACAUUCUCAUCCGCAGCACAAAGCGAGUCAAGGCAAACAUUGAUAUCCUGAGAAAUUCUCUUAAGUUGAGUGACUCAGACCUGCUUGCUCUCCUUCAAGGCCCUGGGGCAGAAAUUCUGGACCUUUCAAAUAAAUAUCUGGAAAAGAAUUUUAACAGUCUCCAACAGAAGAUGGUUUCACUUGGCUGUCGUAAAGCUGACAUAAAAAAACUAAUCAUCAGCUAUCCAAUGGUUCUGUACAUCGGUCCUGACACGUUGAGCUGUAAACUGGACUGUCUCCUAAAAGGAGGGAUAACAGUGAAGCAGAUACUGGAAAAGCCCAAAGUUUUAGACUACAGCACACAGAACAUUACAGGGCGACUAGAGGAGCUGCAGAGAGUGGGAUAUGACUUUCAGAAGAAUGGCAUCAACAUCUUGGACUCCAGCCGAAAGCGGUUUAAUGCAAAGAUUGAAAGACUUGCUUUCCCACCAGAUGACUAAUUGUAACUGUCUGUAUUAUGAUGUUCGAUGCUGCUUAUUUGUUAAUGUAGUAACUAAAAUGUGAUUUCUGA